GCCAUGGCGACGGGCACAGCGGCCUGAGGCGCCGGGAGCCGCCGUUUCGGCCUCAGCUGGAGGCCCCGUUACCCGCCGGGGCAUGAGGCGGGGACGGGGCCGUUCUCAACCGUCUCUGCGGGGAGAAGAUGAAUAUCUGCAAUAAACCUCCUAAUAAGACAGCUCCAGAGAACUUGGCCGAAGCUGUUCCCGAGGUGCCGGUCCAACGUGCUCGAAGGAAUGGCUGGAGCUUGCCGCUGCAUGUUUUCCAGGUUAUUGCCUGGUUGCUGUACAUCUUCUUUGCGCUGGUUGGCUUUGGAAUCCUGGUUCCUCUCCUGCCCCGCCACUGGCUACCUGCUGGCUAUAUCUGUCCAGGGGUGUGCUUUAUCUACCAUUUAGUUGUUCAUCUUACUGCAGUCUCCAUUGAUCCUGCGGAUGCAAAUGUGCGAGACAAAAAAUAUCUAGGGCCUCUGGCCACCUUCAAUCGUAAUCAACACGCACAUGUCAUUGAAAACCAUCAUUGCCAUGUCUGUGAUGUAGAUGUGAGCGCCAAGUCAAAGCACUGUGGAACUUGCAACAAGUGUGUGUGUGGCUUUGAUCACCACUGCAAAUGGCUCAACAACUGUGUGGGAGAGAGGAAUUACUGGCUCUUUCUGAAUAGCGUGCUGUCUGCCAUUCUGGGUCUUUGUCUUCUGCUGCUCGUCGCUUGUUACGUCUUCGUGCAGUUCUUCAUUGACCCCACGAUGCUUCGCUCCGACCGGCACUUUGAUGCUCUGAAGAACCACACACACCGUUGGUUUGUGUUUCUUCCUGCAGCUCCUGUUGAGACUCGGGCAUCUGCCAUUUUGGUCAUGGCUGGGAUUUUUAUUCUUCUCAGCCUAAUGACCGUGAUCCUGCUAGGCCACCUCUUGAUCUUUCACAUCUAUCUCAUGUGGAACAAAUUAACGACGUACGAGUACAUCCAGCAGCGGCGUCCCCAGCAAGAGACGAAAGAGGAAGACAAGCACCAGGAGUCUUGUCCCUCUGAAGUGAGACCCAGUCAGGAAGCAGACUUUCUUUCAGGUAACCCUGGCUAUACGGACCCUGCUAUUCAAGUAGAGGAAUUCUCAACAGUAACUUCAGAGAAAAGCUUUUCAAAGCUCUAUGACCACGACGAUGAAGCUGACCCCGAGCAGAGCUCCUCUCCUGACCCCCCAUCUUUUCGCUUUGCGGUCCCUUCUCAGAAAAAAAGAAGAAAGAAGACGCAUAAAGCUUCUUCCUCAGCAAUGGAUGGCGGAUCUAAAACACACACUAGACCUUGGCCCUCUUUCCCGGAUCCCCACUCAGAGCUCCCAGCCACGGCUGUUGCCACCUCAUCUUCCCACAGCCUUCGCCUCUUAGUGCCAGCUUUUCCUCUGAGAGCAGCUGUGCCCCCCAGCAGCAUCGGCCUCAUCCAGGCGGCGGGACCCCCAGCUGACUAUCACUCAGAGUCGGCCGAGUCCAUGGAUGAGAUUCCUGUGGCUCAGACUCGCCUUGGGAGCACGGCCCUUCAUAGGCCUCCUAAGAAUAACUCAAGCAACUCUCAACACUAUCCCUUGUCUGCAGACAGUCCCAGAGGUGACAGGAAGAAAAAUGUGUAUUCUGGGCACAAGGUAAAAAGGAAAAGCUGCCAGCAAGACAGACACAUGGAACAAGACCUGGAACUUUUUUCUAAGAUUCCUGCUGUGUUUGUAAGUAAGAGCAGUGGAGAACCUCACGUCUCUCAGCCCACGCCCAGUGAGAGCACAUCUGAGCCACACCACAGAAAAUGCACCAGCAAGCAGCACGUGGGCAGACAUGAUCCAUGCUUUAAGGACAUAAGGACAAACACCACAGUGGCCUAGUUAUCCGCUUUCCAAAGCCAUAGCCUUGGGGGAAAAGACAAGAGGUUCCCUUUCUGCCUGUUGCUGUUCAAAGCUCUUGACUCCAGUGACUCGUCUUUUUCCCUGGAGGUAGGGGUGUCCCUUUACCUGAUGCUGUCCAUCUUCCAGCAGAACUAGCUGAGAGGCAGCAAAACCCCCGCUGCAUCAUUGUUUCUGGCUGCUGCCUCUUCCGAAGCCAGGAGUACCCCCGAGCCCGGUUCCGCUUUCCCUGACAAGGGGGAACAGUCUCCCCUGAUAGGACAUGCCCAGGGCUGCGACUGGUUAAGUACUGUUAGUGCUCCGUAGAGUGCCAGCUUGCCAUCCGACUCCAGCGAGACAUUUCUCGUGCCCGACCAAAGGCGAGAGGCAAUAAGGUGGCAAACCUGAGGUAGGCAUGUUGCUAGAGAGAGCCCGAGUGCUUUCCGUAGGGAGGGGCUGUGCCCUCCUGGCCCUGCGCACACUAGUACUGCAGUAACUUUCUGGGAGAGUGCAUGGGGGAGAACAAGGCUGCAUCUCUGCUGUUCCCUGCACCCCGAAAACUAAAUUUCCCAUCUGCCUGCACCCUGUCAGCCUUUGGAUCGGGCGCAGGGGCUUCAGUGGGUGCUCAGGAAGUAGCCUCAGGAUUGCCCUGUCCCUAUACCGCUUUCCACUGUGUGCCCUCACGCCAAGUCCACCAGCACAUACUCUGUAAGGUAGCGUAGUUUGACCUGCUCCACCGUCCCAGCAGCCUGGGGUGCCACACAGUGCAGCUUUCCAAUCAGAAACUCCGAGACAUAGCAGGUCCCAAAACCUUUCCCUUUCCUGGGCUGUCAGAUCCACAUUAGUCCACAGCCGGUCCUGGAGUCUCUGUAUUGCAGACCAGUCCCGCAGCAGACACUGGGGCACGUCGCCAGUGCCUUUGAGCCACAGCACCCUGCGCCGGUGCUGAGAAGCAGAGAGCUGUCUGGGCUGCUGAGCUACAGCUCCGCGGCUUUCCCUGCCCUCUUGGCUUCCCCAGGCAGCAUGCCCUGUUCCAAAUUCCUGGCGGAGUGCUGAGGCCGGGCCUGCCAGCAAGCCCACAUCUGCCUAGCAGCCAGCUACCCUCAGAGCCCGGGAUAGCAGCUCCGCACGCAUCCCAAUGGGCCUAGCUGCCGGCGUGGAUGUGCCUGACGCGAUGUGUUACCUGCACAGCCACUGUCUCACCAGCAUGGCCGGUGCCUUGAGCAACUGGCUUGGCCAGUUGAACCAUUUCUGGACAGGCCCCUGGCGCUGCGUGCUGCUGUCGUGUGUGAACACAGGCGCACCAGCAGAGAAGAGGAAGCCUGGGAAGCCUUCAUCACCCUACCAAAUGUUUUGCACAGAUGCAAACAUGGAAGCGGAUGCACAGAAACCACAAACAACCCUUUCUCCAGACUAUGAUGGGUGCAGACUGGGGAAAGACAAUACGAAGUGGGGGUGUUACGUGAGUCGAGCUAAGCUGUUCCUCCUCUCGCCCUAGCUCGCUCUUGCCAGCGUUCAUCAGAAAUAGUUCAGAGCAGGACAGGGUGUCUGGGGACAAAUGCCCUUUGGGCACAGCCAACACAGGACGGACAGGCUGGACUCCCAGCUUUGAGGUACACGCUUCCCAGCCCAGCUGGUGCCCGUCAUCCCAGGGCUCAUGCUGGCUUCUGUGCUCUGAGGUCCGCACAAAGUCCACUUUCCCUGGAGCUUUAGGCCCAGAUAGUUUUCCUUCUGGGGCGUUCACUAGCAGCGAGAGGCAGGAAGGUGCCCACUGUGUGUGGAAAGCCUCAGCUUGUUCCAGGAGCACCCCAAAAUGUCAGCGGCUGGCCCAGCUCCCUCAGGUAGCUCCCCAGCACCAUCACCUGGCCAACACCACACUGUGUUGCUCGUGCAGUGGACAUUUCAUGUAGUGCUUGCCUUGAAGGAGAAGGUAAACCGCUGUGGCUGAUGCUGGAAACACAGGAUCCUUGCGGAGCUGAAGCUGAAGUAGGGGAGUCCUCCCUUUGCUGAAGGGUUUAUGGGGUAAGUAUGGCUCACAGGCUGUCCCUGUGACAGUCCUUGGGAAAUUCUGGCAAGGCGGCAUAGAUGCGAUCACUGACGCCAGGCUUCUUUAAAGGGUGUCUUACCAUUCUUCUCUGUUGUCUGAUUUUUGACUCUUGAAACAGCUUGGAUGAGGAGCCUUGACUCUUCAUCGAAUUAAGUGAUCAGCACAAUUGAAGUCUCAUGGAGCUGUUGAAGUCAUUAUCUCUAAUUUGCCUGUGGCCACGCUCCUUGCAGCUUCCCUUGCCGCUGUAAGCAAGGCGGUGUGACCCUUUGGAAAAACAACAGGCGUGUGCGGGAGACCGACCCUUGUGGAGCAGCAGCCAGGGCACUGCUUCUCCGCAGAGACCAGAGCAUCUGCUCACUGAUGGAGCCCGGUUAGACAAAAUCCUCCCAGAUGUUUCUCCUCAUGUCUGCUGUCACCCAAGAGCACUACACCCUGCAGUAAUGCUGGGCUGAGGGUUUUCAAAGGCCAGCUGUCCCUCCAGCCAGAAGGCACUGGUAAUUUCUCUCCAGCAGGUGCUCCUGAGCAGACCUCAUGUGUUUUCUUACCUGUUGUCCAUGCAGAACCAGUCCCAAAGUCACGUAUGGAGCUCUUUAGUAGCUCUGUCCACAAUAAAG